CUGACAGGAUGUGCUACCCUGUUUUUACAUCAUUUAUUAAGGCGGCGGUUCAUUCUGGCAGCAAAUCUACAGAGAAGACUUCCUGCUCUGAUACAAUGAGGAGAAAUAUCAAACAAUGGCAUUUUCUGCCCAGAAGGCUGCUUGUUCCUCUGCUGAGCCUGGCAUUGAUUACCCUGGCACUUCUAAAACUGCCUAUAUUUCACACCGACCCAAAGAGUGUCAUUAGAGUGUCAGUAGAUCCUGUCUAUCGAGAGCGUGUUCAUUCGUAUGCCAGUGAGAUGCUGGCCAAAGAAUGCAGACCUUCUUUUGCCCGUCAGAGAAUGGAAACUGAGCAUUCCAGCUACACACCAUUGACGGAGCCCUUUUUGGACAAGAACACUCUUUUAAAUGAACAAAUAUUCAAAUAUCCUCCACCGUUUGGUUUCCUGGAAAUGCAGAACAAGCUUCAAGAAGUCUUAAACCUCUUACCUGCUUCAUCUGAGGAGAGAUUUGGUGGGCGAGACUGUCGUCGAUGUGUGGUGAUAGGAAAUGGAGGGAUACUCAAAGGAUUGAGGCUUGGGCCUCUUUUGAAUCAGUUCAAUGUCAUCAUAAGGUUAAACAGUGGCCCUGUGAAAGAUUACAGUGUAGAUGUUGGGAAUCGUACCUCCAUCAGAAUUAGUUACCCUGAAGGCUGCCAAAAGGUUUGGGAAGAUUCCGAUCCAGAUCUCAAGUUUGUGGCUGUGAUCUACAAGCCUGUAGACUUCCACUGGCUUCGAGCAAUGAUCACCAAAACAACAGUUUCGCUGUGGGACUGGCUAUUUUUCUGGCAGCAUGUGCCAGUGAAGGUUCCAGUUGAGCCCUCACAGUUUCGUUUGCUGAAUCCCGAGGUCAUCAGGGAAACAGCCCUGGAUCUGCUCCACUACCCCACUCCCAGACAGCGCCUGUGGGGAUGGGACCAGAAUGUCCCUACUUUAGGUGUCUCGGCUCUUAACCUGGCCACAUAUAUAUGUGAUGAGGUCAGUAUAGCAGGCUUUGGCUAUAAUCUCAGCCAGAAAGAGGCUCAUCUCCAUUACUAUGAUGAUCUACCCAUGACCGCCAUGUUAAAGGAAACCAUGCAUGAUGUUCAGAGUGAGAGAGUUUUGCUCAAACAUCUCAUAGCUUCAGGCACCAUCACCGACCUCACAGGUGGCAUACACUGCAACUUCUGUUCAAGAUAAGUGCAUCCAGCACCAACACACACCUUUUAUGGACCAGCUGUUACUAUAGUGCAUGGGAAAGCUGUAUGCGCAUCUUCAAAAACAUACUAAUGAGUAUUUUAUUAGCCACAAAGCUGGGAUUUUGUUGCCACAGCUGUGUUGUUUUAUGUGAAAUCAAAACUAAUAUACGAAAAAGACACUAAUGAUGUACAUUGUAUGUUUUUAUAUAUAUUUUGUUUUAAAAGGAUUGUGUCCAUUUACAGACACUUGAGAGACUGAGAUUCUGACAUUUUAAAUCCAGUUUAACUCAUGGGUUUGCAUCAUUUCAAGAAGUUUGAUGUGAAAUCAAGAAUAAACUAUUCCAGUGCUGUAAUGUUCACUGGUCUAUUUUGGAACUAUACUAAAGUACAUGUGCAUG